AUGUCAGCCAAUACAUCGGUGCCAACUUCUAAAGCUGUGCCUUACUAUUUGCCGCAACCUGAUACUCCUGCUGGCACAGCAUUCCAUCCUCAGCCGAAUGGUGCAGCACUUCCAAAGGUUUUUCAGCCAUUGAAGGUUAAAAACGUUACAUUUCAAAAUAGAAUCCAAGUUUCUCCAAUGUGUAUGUACUCUGCAAAUGAUAACCUUGAAGCAACUCCGUUCCACUUAAUCCAUUAUGGAAGUUUUUUAUCCAAGGGACCCGGGCUAACCAUCGUUGAAUCGACUGCAGUCUUACAUGAAGGAGCUUUGUCACCUCAUGACUUGGGAUUAUGGACUGAUGAGCAGGCUACAAAGUUGAAAGAAAUUGUUGACUAUUCCCAUGCUCAAAAGCAAUCAAUAGCUAUUCAAUUGGGGCACGGUGGUAGAAAAGCCAGUGGUCAGCCACUUUGGGUUCAUUUGGAGCAAAUAGCAGAUGAGUCAGUAGGUGGAUGGCCAAACGAUGUCGUUGCACCGAGUGCAAUUAAAUUUAGACCCAAAGGCAACUAUUUAACGCCAAAGGAAAUGAGUAAGGAUGAGAUAAAGAGAACAGUGAAAGCUUUCGGUUUAGCCGCAAAGAGAGCCGUAGAGAUAGCUGGUUUUGAUGCAGUAGAGAUACAUGGUGCUCACGGCUAUCUAAUUAAUGAAUUUUUGAGUAGUAUAUCAAACAAGAGGACCGACGAAUAUGGUGGUUCAUUUGAGAAUAGACUUAGGUUCUUGAGUGAAGUUAUUGACGAGAUUAAAUCAAGUAUCUCAAAAGAUGUGCUUCUCAUGCUUAGAAUUUCUGCUAGCGAUAACGCUGAAAGCGAUCCCGAGUCUUGGAAAGUAGAAGAUUCGAAGAAGUUGGCGAAAAUUGUCGCUGAAAAGGGCAUCGAUAUCAUUGACAUCUCAUCCGGGGGUAAUGACUACAAACAGGAUAGAAGGGGGACUGUUGCCUUUAAUGCAGAGCUUGCUCGUGAAGUGAAAAAAGCUGUGGGUGAUUCCGCUAUUAUUUCUUGUGUUGGUGGAUUAAAUGAUCCAAAGGAAACGAAUAGAAUGAUCGAGGAAGGUUAUUUCGACCUUGUUGCAAUUGGGAAAGGGUUCUUGAAAUCUCCUAGCUUAGUCUGGGAGUGGGCAGAUGAAUUGAAUGUCAAGAUUCACCAAAUUCCUGAAUAUUUCUGGCCAUUCUAUCCUAAAAGGGAGGGCAUAGUGGAACUCAUUAAAAGACAAGAUGCAAAUCCUUAG